AUGAAAGCUGGUUUCAAUUUUUUGGCUGUGAUUUUUGUGCUAGUGAAGGCCGAAGUUGAUUGGAACAAAGUAUUUCCGAAUGAAUUGAAUGUCGAAAGCGAGAUACCCGUAAAAAAAGAAAAAACCCAUUCAAAAAUCGUCGGAGGAAUCGAAUCGGUUCCUCAUUCUAGACCGUAUCAGGUGGCCCUUAUUGUUCCUGUACCUGGAGGAACUUCUUUUUGUGGUGGAUCAUUGAUCAGUAAUAAAACUAUCUUGACAGCCGCUCAUUGUGUUGACAGUUUAACCGGAGGCGUCGACGUCAUUCUUGGAGCUCAUAACGUUAGGAAAAAAGAAAAAACGCAACUCAGAUUAUUGGCUAGUAAUAUUAUCCUCCAUCCGGAUUGGAAUAGGAACCGUUUAAAAAACGACAUUGCUCUUAUUAACCUACCAUCAGAAAUUGAAUUUACUGAUUAUAUCAAACCGAUCAAAAUCGCUUCGGAAGAUUUGGAUUACGGUAAAGAAAAGGCUUUAGUUAGCGGUUGGGGGAGACCGUUCGACGGGGCUAGAGGUAUAUCUUCGGUUCUGAGAGAGGUCGAUGUCCCUGUUAUAACGAAUUCUUGGUGUAACCUCAAAUAUUUGGGUGUCGUCGGCGAUGGGCAAGUUUGUGUUUCCGGUAGCGAUGGAAAAUCCACGUGUAACGGCGAUUCUGGUGGUCCGUUAACGUUCAACGGAGUUCAAAUCGGUAUUGUUUCUUUCGGUGUCCGAUUGGGGUGUGAGGUCGGAUGGCCCGCCGUGUUUACCAGAGUAUCGUCCUAUGUGAAAUGGAUUAAUGAAAAUAUGAAUUGUGACUGA